AUGUUGGGAGGUGCUGCUGACGAUAUCGCCGCCGUCAUUGAGUCGCGUCGUUGGAAUAGCCUCCUGGAUGACGCAGCCCGGAAAGACAUUCAAAGCGAUAUUCCCGAACACCCAUUGUCAGAGGAUGAAUCAAGCAGGAUCGGCGCACUCAUCCUCCAUUCAUCUGGCACGACCGGAAUGCCGAAGCCCAUCCACCUCACACAGCGAUAUGUCCUUGGUUAUGCCGCCUGUCACGAGCUGACUCCCCAAGAAACGGGCUGGACCAACCUCUCCACGCUUCCGUUAUACCACGGCUUUGGUUUGUUGGCCCCAUGCCUGAGCCUGUCGGUCGGCAUGACCUGCUGCUUCCCCCCGGCGUCCAUUAUUCCCGCGGGGCGCUCGACUGUUGAACUCCUCCGUGCUUUCGGUGCCGAGACUCUGAUGUCUGUGCCCAGCAUUAUCGACGACAUACUUUCUCUGGAAGAGUCCGAGAAGAACGAUGCCCUAGAAAUAUUGAAAACGCUCAAGUUGAUUGCCAUCGGCGGAGGCGCACUAAGAACUGAUGCCGGUGAAUAUCUUGCAGAGAAGAAAGUGAACCUGGUCAACCAUUACGGCGUGACGGAGAUAGGAGCCAUCGCACCCAUCUUUCGUCCGGGGCCUGAUUACGACUGGCACUACCUUCGUCUGCGCAAAGAUCUCAACCUUCAUCUGGAACCCAUCCCCGACUCGACCGACAGAUUCAAACUCGUCGGACACCCCAUUGGUUGGAAGGAGCAUUUCGAAAUCCAGGACGAGAUGGAACGCAGACCUGGCGCCAGUCGUGACGAAGUUCGAAUCAUUGGCCGGACAGACGACGUGAUCGUUCUAAAGUCCGGCGAGAAAGUCAUGCCGCGACUCCUCGAAUCGGCUCUCAUGACAGACCCAGCCAUAAAGACUGCUGUAUGCAUUGGGAGCGGUUUCUUUGAACUCCUGGUGCUUGUGGAACCAUCUUCCCAGGCAUCGGAGACAACCAUUGAGAAAUUCAGGGAGCAUGCCUGGGAUCUGAUCAAAGCCAUCAAUCCAUCUCUUGACCAACAUGGACGCAUUUCCUCGAUCGAAGCAAUCAUUGUCAGACCGCCUGGAAAGGAUAUUCCGAGAUCUGACAAGGGAUCUGUCAUGAGGAGGGAAGUGAUGGAACGAUUCAAGCAGGAAAUUGAGGCAGCCUACUCCGAGCUGGAGGGCGGCAUGGAUGAGAAUGGCGCCACUAUCGACACCUCCAACUUAACAGCUAGCGUCCAAAGAAUGGUAGAAGAGGUCGCGGGUGGCCUCUUCUCCGAGGUUGUCCAUUCUCUUUUACCCGAAGACGACUUCUUUGAGCGAGGAAUGGACUCGCUACAAUCUGUUCGUCUCGCCAGGGCGAUCAACAACGCCCUGAAAAAGGCGAUUCCGAACUCGACAACACGCAGGAGUCUUACAGCAGAGUUCGUAUACGCGAAUCCUUCGAUCCAGAGUCUCGCCGCGGCACUCGACCGGUUGUUGAAGCAAGGCGGAGUGGACACAGAUAAUGGAGAAUCCCAGACCAGAGCGGCGAAUAUGCAACGAUUCCUUGUCGACUGUAUCGACGAACUUCGAAAGCCAACCCAGACGAAGCGAGAGGGAAGCGACGUGGUGCUUGUGACGGGUGCAACUGGAAAUUUGGGUGCGCAUGUUGUUGGGCAGCUUGUGCGUGAUCCUCGAAUCAAGAAGGUCAUUUGUUUGUUGCGUGAGAGCAAAGGAAAAGAGCCAAAGGAUGCUCGACUCUCGAAAACGCUUGCAUCUGCUGGUGUGACCGUUAGUUCGACAGAUUUCUCGAGGAUCCAAGUCGAGGAGUGCGACCCGGGUCAGUGGUUCCGUUCUGAUCCCGAAGGCGACGAGUGCUUCAACAAUAUCGCCGACGAGAUUACUCAUAUCCUGCACCUUGCCUGGCCCAUGGACUUCCAUCGGACUCUGAAAAGCUUUCGGCCUCAGUUGCAUGCAGUACAGGGUCUAGUUCGCAUCGCCCGCGCUGCGCAUCACGCCAGGCCGGGAACCAGGGUGAGGUUGUUUUUCGCGUCGUCAAUCGCAGUGGUCCGACAUUUUUCAGACGUGGGUGGCCUAGCAAGCCGCGGUGCUAAGGUUCCCGAGGUGGGGAUGGACGAUCCCGACGUAACGACUCCUAUGGGCUACGCCGAGGCGAAGUGGGUAUGCGAGCACAUGCUAGUGCAAGUCGGCCGGGACUUCGGCGCCGAAGUGGAGCCCGUCAUUGUCCGAAUUGGGCAAUUGAGCGGGCCCGAGUGGGUCAACGGCGUGUGGAAGACCCAGGAGCAUCUUCCGGCUCUUGUCCGGGCGAGUCAGUUGGUCGGUGCGCUGCCUGCGCUUCAAGGGUCAAUAUCAUGGCUGCCCGUUGACCGUGCAGCCAAGUCGGUCGGGGAGAUGCUUCUCCAUUCCGGUACCGUGGAACGGUUUUUGCAUCUUGAGAAUCCCGUUCGACAACCAAUGGCAGACGUCUGUACCAUUAUGGCAAAUGAACUUGGUCUCGCUGCACAGCACAUGCCCUUUGAUGAAUGGUUACAGCGGGCGGACGAGGUUGGCGCUACUCGCUCGCUUGAGAGCUUCUUUAAAAACCAUUUUAGAACACUGGCGAGCGGCGCUGUGGUUCUAGACACAUCGAAGGCUCGCACUAUAUCUGCCACUUUGCGCGGGAGCGGCGGCCUGCCGAGGGAUUUGGUUGUGGAGUAUAUCAAGAGAUGGCGACAGCAGGGCUUCCUCCAGUGA